AUGUAUCAAGUACCAAAUUACACCCAGAUUGUGUCAAUGACAUUAUCAGAGGUUCUGGCUGAUAUAGGUGUUGAUGAGAGAAUGAUACUGAAGAGGAGAAGAACAUGGCUUCUGAUAGAAUCACUAUGGAAUAUAAAUAACCAAAUACUUGAUGAGAAAGCAGUGUUAAUGCACAUUUUUGGGAGUCAAUCAGAAGGUACAACUACAAAUGAAAUGGACUCAGACAUAGAUCAACUUGCGUACAAUAAAACAAUAAAUGUGAUACAAGACUGGAGUGACUGGAUACCUGGUGUACUUAAUCUCUUGAUGAUUCAAGAUAAUUCUGUAUCUCCUGGGUAUUGUUUACUUCAACGUCUGAGAGAUGAUGUACCGCUUUCUGCUAAUGGUGAUUCUGAUCAAUACUUCUUCAAAGACAGAACAGGAAAAUUAUUUUUAAAGAAUUCUGUUGUAUAUAUUUGUAAUAGCGACAGUGAAAUACAUGGGCCAGCAGGUGUACUAAAAGGACAACCAGGCUACAAAGAUUUAGAUAAAGUGUUUGCUCUACAUUGUACAACAUGGCCGCAACAAGCUAGACAAUGGUUGGAUCAACAAUAUGAAGGUCAAUGGCCAUCUGCUGAAAUGCAACAAUAUUGCAGCAGAACGGGAUGCUUUGUUGUUUGCGUUGGAUGUCAAGGCAGUAAGCAUGAGCACCUUGAAUGGAGAAUAUCAACAUCUUUAGCAGAAAGGUGUUUAAUGUUCAACCUGAAUAUUACACAGAUUCGCUGUUAUGUCUUAAUGAAAGUGAUUUUAAAAGCAUAUAUUACUCCAUUCUUUCAAGAUGUGAUAUCCAGUUACAUGUGUAAAACUGUAGUAUUCCACUGUAUUGCAAAUACACAUUCUAACAUCUGGAGAAAAAAUAACUUACUUUCUUGUCUAACACAGUGUUUAUAUCUCCUGUACACAAAUAUCAUUAAUGAAAAUUGUCCACAUUUUAUCAUACCCAGGAACAAUUUAAUGAGGGGAAAAAUUUCACCUGCUGUGAAACCAUAUAUCCUGGAAAUACUCAACAAUAUUAUCAACAGUGAAGGAGUGGCACUACUUGGCAUUAAAUGUGAUUAUCUUGGUUUCAGGCUUCAUGCCAAAUUUAAUGACUUAUCUUCAAUCAAGGCAAGUGACUUUAUUUCAGAAGGUCUAUUAUUAGAUCUGGAUCUCGGAAAAUCUUUCACACUAACAGAAACUUGUAAUCUUCUUAAGGACAGUAGUCCUAAUGAAGCUGUAGAAAAAUUAAAAAACUAUAUAUUAAAAGCAUUCUACUGUCAAUAUGAAGGAUUGGAUAAGACAGCCAGUCUUCUUCUGUUACCAUUGUAUUGUACAACACUUGGAUCUGUACUGGCUUCAUGCAACAUUUGUCAGUACAACACUGUAUCAGCCGAUGCCCUCAAACUCAUCUCACUUGGUCUGAAUACAGAUGUUGCAUCAAGUAAACUUAAAUUAGCUUCAAUCUUAUACUGCGUUCAAAAAAUACAAAAAACUGACCUAGUACUCAGUGAGAUUGAAAGUAGAUAUGAUCUACAAAUUGUUAAGCCUGUCUGUUUUUGUUAUCAAUUUGAGAAAAAAUUAUUUAAACAAGGAUUUUGCCAAUUAUGUGACAAUUAUAAUGAAGAAGUCUUACAGUAUACAACAGCAUCAUGUGUUAAAUUUCUGCCAUGUGAAAUUCACUGUGUACCAAUUGAACUCAGAUAUGAAAUUUUUAGAUCUACACAAGAGGACAGAAUGUUUCGUACAAAAAAUGAUGAGUGGAUGGAUUUUGCUGUGGUGGAUUCCCUCCCGUACCUCUACUUUCUACGAUACAAAGUUUACAGCCAUUUAGGAAGACAUGACCUGAAACAAGCCGCCCUCUUCAAACUUAUCAGUACCAUAAAAGAAGAACCAAAUCUUGGACAUCGGGAAACAGCUCUAAAUAUUCUUGGAAAAUGCAUGGAACAAGAAGGUAGAGCUGGAGAUGCUUUAUACUGUUAUUUGAUGUCACUAAAUGUAAGGAGGAGAAACAAUGCCGCAAAGAUUCAUAUUUGUAUACUUCUAUCUGUACUGAUAAAUGCAAGGACAUAAAAGUUACGACAAAAAAAGUGAAAAUGACAAAAGCAGGACAGUAAAAGAAAGUUGGAAUAACUACAAGUUAGAUACAGACAGCAACAUUUAUACUAUUUAAAUAUCAUAUUCUUUUUGAAAUAUUGACGAAUCAGACGUAUCUACGGCAGUUUGCAUUGAGUCAAUGCAAACUGCCGUAGAUACGUCUGAUUCGUCAAUAUUUGACCAAUCGGCGACACGCUAAUACACUGUGGCUGUUUGUUGACAAUUACACAAAUUACACAAAAUGGCGACAAAUUCAAUCAAUUUUCGCCUAUUGAAUGAUUAAAGACCUCUGCAUAUACAUAAUUGCUGCGGUGUUUUGGCGAGUAAAGAUAAACAAUGCCCAACGUCUUAAAGGUGUGGUUAUGUUAGAAACCUCGAUUGUUAAACAUUUUUUCGGAGCACUUAUCUGUAGAAAUUAUGUGAAGAUUUGUAUCUAAUGUUAUAUUAAUACAUUGAACUCCGUAAAGUAAAAAGGCUGAUUAUACAAAAUUAAAUGCCUUUACAGUAACAUCCCAUUUGUAAAAUUGAAAUUUAACAUUUUUUUACAAACAGAUUUAUCAAUAUAAAUUACAUUUUUAAUCAAUAUGUAACUUUUAAAUACUAAUGUAAUGGUGUAGUUUAUAAUCUUAACCAAUUAUACAUGCAAUUUUAAUGCUGUCUUGUUUUUUUAUAAAUGAUAUUUGGUAUGUUAAAUAUCAAUAAAAAAUACAAUUAAACCCUAAGUAUGGUACUAUCCUGCUUUUCAACAAAAUAUUGGUAUGAUAUGUUCAUAUAUCCUAAUCAUGUAGAGACUGUCCACAGUGACUCCCUGUCUAUAAUGACCUUUUUUCUUUUCUCCCAUCGAAGGUCACUGUAAACAGUUUUUACUGUUGCAUAUUUCUUGUAAAUAACACACUUUGAUAUGACUUGCAUAAAGAAAUUCAUCCAUCCCUGU